AUGACGGCCAAAACCACCCUCAACACACCCGCCACGCCCUCGGCAACGCCAAGCUGCCCAAGCUGCGGCUUCGCCCUCUCGCCCUCGCCGUCCCCCCAGGCUGACCUCCUCCUGGCGCGCCAGAAAAUCGCCCAGCUCGAGUCCAUCAUCACCGACCUCAACGCCAAAGCCAGCGACGCCGUCCGCCGCUGCGCCAAAUACGACGAGGAGCUGCACGCCCUCCGAGCGCAGCACCGGCCCUCGACCCCGUCCCAGUCCCAGCCCGACGCCCCCUCGACAUCAUCCCCCUCCUCCAUCGCCAGCAGGCAGUCCCCGACGCUGCCCUACCGCCUCUCGGCGCUGCUGUAUCCUCGCAAGUCGUCCCUGCCUCUCCGCCUGGCGCCCGGGCUCGCGCCCCCGCUCCCGCCGCUGUCGCCCGCCACGACGAUCCCCUCGACGGAGCACCUGAUGGAGGCCCUGACGCGCGAGCAGGCGCUGCGCAGGGAGGCCGAGGGCCGCCUGAGCGCCACCAGCAAGGAGGUCGAGGAGCUCAGCGUCAGCCUGUUCGAGCAGGCCAACGAGAUGGUGGCCUCGGAGCGCCGCGCCCGCGCCCUGCUCGAGGAGCGCGUCGACGAGCUCGAGAAGCGCGACGGCGAGAAGCGCAGGCGCCUCGAGCGCCUCGAGGCUGCCAUGGCCCGCAUCCAGAGGGUCAGGAACCUGCUUGACGGCUGA